AUGUCACCUUAUAGACUUGUGUUUGGAAAAGCUUGUCACCUCCCUGUUGAACUGGAACUCAAAGCUUUCUGGGCUGUCAAAAAGCUAAACUUGAAGAUUUAUGAUGCGGGUGUUCACCGAAAGUUAGAGAUUCAAGAGUUGGAGGAGAUAAGAAAUGAAGCAUUCGAGAGUUCACGCAUCUACAAAAACAAGACCAAAGCAUUCCAUGAUAAGUACCUCACCCGUAAGACCUUUGAGAUUGGUCAAAAGGUAUUACUCUAUGACUCUCGACUUAAAUGGUUUUCCGUUGAAAUUAAGAGUAACAAAACUGGAAAAGUAUUCAAAGUUAAUAGUCACAGGUUAAAGGUCUUCUAUGAAGGUUUCCAAGAGAAAGACAUGGAGGUUGAUAGCUUGGAACGCCCGAACUACAUUGAGUGA